AUGUCUCGUUUCUUCGCCGGUGGUUCGGAUUCUGAUUCCGAUAGCUCCUCUGAUAGUGAGCCAGUGAUUCGUCAGCAAGUCGCUCAGUUUACGUUCAGCGAUGAAGAAGAGGACGUCAAACGCGUUGUUCGGUCGAAGAAGGAGAAGCGCUAUGAGGAUCUAUCGAAUAUUAUUAAGAGCAUCCGCAAUCAUAAGAAGAUUAAAGAUAUGUCAAGCGUAUUGACCAGCUUUGAAGAAUUCAUGCGCGCCUAUACGAAGGCCUUGCCGGUAGUAAUGAAGGAAGAAAAUGGUGUUACGCCUCGGAUUGUUGUUCGGGCUCUUGCCGAAUUGGAAGACUUUGUUAAUGAGAGCUGGGACGACAAAGAUAGCCGCAAGAACCUGUCGAAGAACAACAACAAAGCGUUGGGUACGCUACGGCAAAAAUUCCGCAAGUACAUCAAAGAUUUUGAAUCCGAUAUGAAGCGUUUCCGUGCCGCACCGGAAGAGUUUGCUGAAGAGGAAGAUGAUGACGAACGCGAAGAAGAGAAGGGUUCGGACGAUGAGCAGGAGAAGGUCGUGGUACAACCGGAUGUACCGAAAGCGGUAUCUUUCAAAAAGGAACCAGAGAAGGUAAAGCCCGUAAAGCCGGUCGAUGAUUCCGAUUCGUCAGACUGGGGCAGUGAUUCUGACUCGGACAGCACCUCUUCGGAUGAAGACGCAAAGUAUACGAGCAUUCGUGACCGGUUCUUGAAGAAACCGGAAAAGGGUACGGAUGAGCAGGCUACCGCUCCCUCGGGUGCGAUGGGCGAUGAUGCGUUCAAAAAAGAAAAGAAGAAAAAGACUGGCGAUGCACUAAAGAAAAAGAAGCCUAAGCAAGACGAAAUGUUUGACGAGAAUGAGGAGGAGGAGGAAGAAGGAUGGAAGGUAGUAAACGGAACACGGUCCGGCGCUUCCGAGCAACCGAAAAUGUUUGCUAAGGAUGCUGAAAUCGACACAAAACUGGUCGUAAACAAACUGAACGAGGUGAUGGCUGCUCGUGGUAAAAAACGAACUGAUCGAAAGAUGCAGAUCGAAUUUCUGCGAGAGUUGCGAACCGUGGCCGAGACGAAUAACCUUGGGCCGGCAGUCGCGGCCAAGAUUCGUUUCAACAUCGUAUCAGCAAUAUUCGACUACAAUCCAAAAGUUUCCGGUGCAAUGAAACUGGAGCACUGGAGCAAACUUUUGGAAGAAAUUCAGGAAUUGCUGAAGUUGCUGCUGGCGCACGAAGAUGUGCAUCUGUCGGAGUCUAUCUUGGACGAACAUGAGGAAUAUGACACGGCUCCUUUUAAGAUUCGCGGUUGCAUGUUGACAGCAGUUGAGCGUCUGGAUGAUGAGUUUAUUAAAUUGUUGAAGGAGUGCGACCCGCACAGUAAUGAGUACGUUGAUCGCCUAAAGGACGAGGUACCAGUCACAAACAUUAUUGAGCAGGUCGUAACAUACGUAGAGCGAUUGGGAAAUGAAAUGGAAAUCUGCCGUAUCUAUCUGCGCAAGAUUGAUCAUUUGUACUACAAAUUCGAUCCAAACGUCUUGAAGAAACGGAAGGGACAGUUACCUGCCAAUACCGUCACUUCGGUCGAAGACAUGGAUAAGCUUUGCCGUUACAUCUACGCCAAGGAUCAGACCGAUCGGUUGCGCACGCGAGCCAUCCUGUCACAUAUUUUCCAUCACGCUUUGCACGAUAACUGGUUCCAAGCGCGUGAUCUGGUGCUUAUGUCACACCUCCAAGAAACGAUUCAUCAUUCCGAUCCUGCAACCCAGAUUCUUUACAAUCGAAUGAUGGCAAACCUGGGCUUGUGUGCCUUCCGCCACGGUAACAUUAAAGAUGCGCAUCUUUGUUUGGUUGAUUUGAUGAUGACGGGUAAGCCGAAGGAACUACUCGCACAAGGGCUAGUGCCACAGCGCCAGCACGAGCGCUCGCUAGAGCAGGAGAAGAUCGAGAAGCAGCGCCAAAUGCCGUUCCACAUGCACAUCAAUCUGGAGCUGCUUGAAUGUGUCUAUCUGGUGUCGGCAAUGCUGCUCGAAAUUCCGUACAUGGCAGCACACGAGUUCGAUGCACGUCGUCGCAUGAUCAGUAAGACAUUUUAUCAACAACUGCGUUCAUCGGAACGGCAGUCUUUGGUCGGGCCACCGGAAUCGAUGCGCGAACACGUGGUUGCAGCAGCGAGGGCCAUGCGACAUGGCGAUUGGAACUCUUGUGCCACCUUCAUCGUGAACAAGAAGAUGAACGUUAAAGUGUGGGAUCUGUUUUACGAAGCAAACCGUGUUCGCGAAAUGAUGGUGAAGUUCAUCAAGGAAGAAUCGCUGCGCACAUAUCUCUUCACAUACUCGAACGUGUUCGCAUCAAUCAGCGUACCGCACUUGGCGGAUAUGUUCAAGCUGCCGAAAAGCAAAGUCCAUUCACUGAUUAGCAAGAUGAUCAUCAACGAGGAGCUAAUGGCAUCGCUUGACGAUCCAACAGAAACAAUUGUGAUGCAUCGCUCUGAACCAUCCCGUCUGCAGGCACUUUCGAUGCAAUUGGCCGAUAAAGUGACGAACCUGGUAGAUGCAAACGAGCGUAUCUUUGAAAUGAAACAAGGUAACUUCUUCCAGCGUGGAGGCAACCAGGGCUACAAUCGCGAUCGCCAAAAUUAUCGCAACCAGAACCAAAAUCAAAAUUGGAACAACAACCGCAGACAGGAUAACCGAAACCGUGGCAACCGCGGCAAUCAGAAUCGUGGUGAGGGGCGAGAACAGCGUGAACACCACCGUGAUCACCAUCGUGAUCAGCGUGAACAUCGAGAGCACCAGCGUGAAUUCAGAGAACAGCGCGAUCAAAUGCGCAACGUCGAUUAUCAGAGUAAAGCCGAGUAA